UGGACCGCAUCGAAACGAAUUAAACCUUGCGUCGAUCAAGUUUCACUGACGUGUGCAACCUCACCCAACGGGAGUCGCCAAUUCUCUCCGUACGCUCUCUGUAGUGAGGAUUGAAGUGGUUAGGUAGAUGUUUUAUUACAGGAGCCUUCGCAUGUAAAUGAUCUCUUACAACGGUGUCGGUGUUGGUGGUAGUACUUUCAGCCUUCAAAGUAACACGUUUGCUUUAUUUUUCUGUUUCGAGGGCGGCCCAUCGAACAAGUCGAAGAGACCGUUUGGCUCGGUCUCGCGUAUAGGAGGUGUCAGAUGUCAGUAAAUCCGUUUAUAGAAUCCUUGCAAAUGCCUGAUUGGAUUUUGGGGCAGGAACGUUGCGUUGGUGCAGGUUCGGAUGUCUGCUGACUGAUGAUACACAAGCUUACAGGUACUGUACUGUGCUGAGUGUAUUGCAAAAGAGUGCUAUGCGUGUCGGCUUACCCAAGGUACACCUCUGGAUAUUGUAUGUUAUCAUCUGUAAUGCAAGUCUCUAAAAGAUACUUUGCAAAAUUUGUCUGAAACAUUCGUUUUUUAUUAAAUGUAACAUACGAAUGAAUUUAAAAACGCUUUAAGACUGAUCUGUUUGACCAAGAUUACGUAAUCCAUCUCUUGUUAAGUCAGUCAUUACUAGGCUAGGAUGAUAAUUUAGCAGUGCAACAAUAUAUGUCCGAACUCUGCUUCAGAGCAUUUUACAAUAAAAAUGUUUAUAGACAACAAGAGCGUUACUCUUACAUCUGUAGUUUGCACUGAAACACUCAUCUAUGGAUGAUUCUGAUCUCUUAGAGCUGCAUUUGGUUCGAAGUUCGACAUGGAAAGUGGCACUGGUGCACAAGGAAAUAAAAAAAAAGUUCUCCAUAGAACCUAAAUUGUGUCUAAUUACAAUUAAACUCUAAAGAUUGCCCCGCGGGGUUAAAAAUCUAACCGGACCAAAGUAUGCCUUAGGUCCGCCCUAGUACAUGGAGAGCAUCUUCUUUAAUUGACUAACAACCCCCAUGGUGGCAGUAGGGGUGCCUACUGCUGCUAAGCGGUGAAUCUCCGUAGCUGAAACGGACACACACGCUUCUCUUCCCAUUCAUUAGUGGCCCUUUCGCGGGCGGAUUCGGUCCGAGGAUUAUGAGACUCUGCGCUCGCUCUUACCAGCAUGCCGGAGUGUGGAAGAUGGCGAAUAGGUUAAGCAAAUGAAAAAUUAGUAAAUUACAAUGGGGGUAUGAGCGCACGCGCGCACUUUGCACUUUGCAGCAGCGUAUACGUGUGCAUGCCGACUUACUUGGCUUCGAUUUAGGAUUUUCGGCCAUCUAGGGUACGAAAUACUUUUUUGUUUUGCGUAUUUGAGCCUUAGUUAGCCUGCCCGGGGGGUUCCUCCAAUUUUUUGCAUCACCCUUCGAAGUUCAUACACCGAGCUCGGCCUUCAGCAAUUUGGACGGCGUGUGUCGUUCCACUCCAGUCCUGGGGAAACGCCUGCUACACCCCGGGACAUUCAGCACCGGGGGAAGCGUAAAACAAAGUCGGCCCAGCGACAUGGAGGCGGCAGUGCAUAGAUAAUUAGAUUAAGACCGCACACCACGAGCGAGAGACAGAGGCACCACACAGACACACACCUCCCGGGACACAUUUUGGUUUGAGGGUUUCGGGGGUUCUGGCAGAACGUAUACGUAGCUGAUGACCGCAACGGAGCGCGCGUAGUUCGCCCAGUGCGCCCAUUGCAGCUUAUUAGUUCAUCGAACGCGGACCUGUCCGGUUGUGAUCUCGGCAGUUGGUGUUUUCAAAAAAGGGCUUGCAACUGGUCGUCACAUACUGGUAGCUAUCGGAUUUGUCCGACGGUUAAGAGUGUUGGUUCAGUGUGGUCAAGUCGCCUGACGUUACCUCAAGAUAUAACAAAACGCAGGGUCGUUCACAGGUGUGAGAGCGCGAGUGUCGAAAACCUAACCUCCUGGUCUAGGUGUUACUGGAUCCGCGUGUGCGGAUCAGUUGUGAACCGUCUUUCUUUUGUUGCUCCGUAUUGCCAUCAACAAUCAAGCUACAGCAGCAGAGUUCGCAUACGGACAGUUUGGGUUUCUUCUGUUGGCUAUAUACAACACAAAGUGCACCGGGAUUAGUGACACGGUGUGCUCUAGUGUGCCUAGUGCUGCUACGAUCAAUCAACCACCACGUUGCAGAACAGCUGGAUCGUCGACGCAGCGAAACGGCUCAAUGGCUCGGGGUGACGCUGGACUCGAGUACAUGUUCAAGUUCGGGUACACGCUCGUGCUCGUCACGGUAGCGAUAAUGAUUUGGGCCUCGCUAGCCCGAGCCCGCGAGAUAGAUACGCAGAAUCAUCCACCGUGCGCGUUUAAUCCACUGUGCACCUGCUCCAAGAGUGCGCCAGAUCUGGGCAUCGUCAACUGCCGUGAGGUGCUGUUCCCGGCGGUGCCGAAAGUCAUCAACAGCUCCAAGCUUUUCAUGCUCACCAUGGACGGGACGGGUUUGCGCGAGCUGGAACCAUACUUCCUACAGUCCACCGGGCUGUACCGGCUCGAGAUCACCAACAAUCCGCUCACGGAGCUGCCGGACGAGGCACUGUACGGGCUAGAGCGUUCGCUCUGGGAGCUUGUGCUGGAGCACAACCAGCUAGUAGACAUACCGUCGCGCACGAUACGCGAUCUGCGCAAGCUGCGGCUGCUUAGCUUGCGCGGGAACGACAUCACCACGGUUGCGCCGGACGCAUUCCGCGGCAUCGAGAGCACGCUGCAGUCACUGGUCCUGGCCGACAACUCUAUCACGCAGCUCGCCCCGAGCACACUGGCCGGCCUGCCUAACCUGGAGACGCUCGAUCUGUCCGGCAACGGGCUGAUGCAGCUCGAUGCGAACGUAUUUCGCGAUGGGUUGGGCAAGCUGUCGAAGCUACUGUUGGCGGAUAAUCUGCUGCAGCACGUGCCGUACGAUGCGGUGAGCGUGCUGAGCCGACUGCGCACGCUCGAUUUGUCGCGUAACAGGCUGCAGGAUCUGACGCCUGACGAGGACGAACAGCAGGGCAUGCCGGGGAUGCCCGGUGGCAACUACCGGCUAACGCUCGAUUCGCUCAACCUCAGCUACAACGAGCUGGAAACGCUGCCGGCCGCCUCGUUCACGCUGAUCGACACGGCCAACAUGACGCUGCUGGAUGGCAAUCCGCUCACCCUGAUCGAGGACAACGCGUUCCGUUCGGCCAAGAUACGCGAGCUGUACGUGCGACACUGCGACCUGGACCACCUGGAGCCUGAAGCGUUCUCCGGGCUGGAGAACUAUCUGCAGGUGCUAGAUCUGUCCGGCAACAAUCUGACCGAGGUGGCGGACAACCAGUUCCGUGGGUUUGAAAAUUUGCGCUACCUAAACGUGAAGGACAAUCUGCUGCGCCAUUCGGAUCAACGCAAUGCAUCUCCCUUUGCCCGGUUGAACCUGAACCGGCUGGAGGCAGUAGGUCAACGCAAUCAGCCGAUCGCGCUAGCCGAGCUGGGAAACAUGCGCAACCUGCGAUCGCUAACCACCUCCUACCUCCCGUCCGCCAGCCUCGGUCCGGACGAUUUCGCUAACUUCAGCCCGGAGCUGGAGGAGCUGCGGCUGAACAGGGCCUCGCUGAAAGUGAUCAAGGCGCACGCCUUCACGCACGUGCGCGGUCUCAAGCGGCUGGAUCUGAGCGAAAAUCGCAUCGACUCUAUCGAGCCGGACGCGUUCAGUGACGUGGGUCACUCGCUCGUGUCGCUCCGCGCGUCCCACGGGCUCGGCUCGCAGCUGGUCGUGUUUCCGAUCGAAGCUUUCCGCAAGCUGACCGCAUUGGAGGCGCUAGAUCUGAGCAACAACCGGUUGAAGGCGAUCGGCGACACCAGCUUCCAUCUGCUGCGCAAUCUGGUCAGCCUGGAGCUGCACGACAACCAGAUCGAUGCGCUCGCCAAGGGCACGUUCCAGUCCGACAUCCACACGAAGCUGAUGAUGAUCUCGCUGGGCUACAACAACAUCAAGCAGCUGAUCACGCACACGUUCGUCGAUCUGGAGGAGCUGGAGGCGCUGCUGCUGGGGGACAAUCGGAUCGAAACGAUCGAAAAGCGCACCUUCAUGAACCUGAGUAACCUCAAGCUGAUCAACCUACGCGGCAAUCGGCUCAGCAAAAUCGCAGACGAAGCGUUCCAGAAUCUGCCGGAGUUGGAGAAGUUGGAUCUGGCAUACAACUCCCUGACUGCAUUCGAUUUCAUGUGUCUUGAUCAGGUUGGUUCACUGACUUUGCUCGAGGUGGAUGUUAGCAACAACAAGAUCAAAACGCUUGGCACGGUAGAAAACGCCACCGACAAUGGCGGGCACCGGGAGCAGCAGCAGCUGCAGCCGCAGCAACCACAGCAACCCACCAUACACUCCAACAUACGGGCACUGGACUUUUCCAACAACAACAUUUCCCGCAUCAUCCCCGGCUACUUCCGCCCGACGGAGCUGUCGCUGAUGAAGCUCGUGUUACGCCAGAACCAGCUGACCACCGUUGCGCGCGAGCUGUUCGGCAAUAUGCCACAUCUGAGCUGGCUCGAUCUGUCGGACAAUGAGAUUGUGGAGCUGGAGUACGACGCACUACGCAGCACCCGCAAGCUACAGGUGCUGAAGCUCUCCCACAACCUGCUCACUGAGGUGCCAGCCGAGCUGUUCCGCAACGUGCACAACCUGCGUGUGCUAGAGCUGGCCCACAACAGCCUAAAGUAUUUGCCCGACAGUCUGCUGCUGAGCGAGGGUCUGGAGCGGCUGGACGUGUCGCACAACCAGCUUACCAAGAUACCCGUUACCGCGCUGUCGAACAUGGCGGCACUGUCGCUGUGCGAGCUCGACCUAAGCCACAACCACAUCGGAGCGAUCCACAGUAUCGAUUUGAGCAACAAAUUCCGCUCGCUGUCUUGGCUGGAUCUUUCUCACAAUCGGCUCGUAAGGCUGGAAGAUGCGGCCUUCGCCACCCUGCCUCGACUCUCCGUACUGAAUCUUUCCCACAACGACGAGUUGGAAGUGAUGGGCAAAGCAUUCGUUGGGCUGGAAAACAGUCUGAUUGAGCUGCAGCUGGCGAACGUUUCGCUCAGCUCGGUGCCGGAGCUGUCCAAUCCCUCGCUGCGCACGCUCAAGAUCUCCCACAAUGAUCUGCCGACGAUACCGCCGGAGCUGGCCGCUAACAUGACGUCCCUCCGGGAGCUGGACCUGUCGGAAAACGAUCUUACUAGUGUGCCAUUGAUCACGCACUCACUGCCGAAUCUUAAGCGCCUGUCCCUUUCGGGAAAUCCUAUCACGACACUGUCCAACACGAGCCUGCUUGGAGCGGCGGACACACUGGAACAGCUGGACAUUGCCAAUCUUAACCUGCAUUCUAUAGAGACAGGAGUCCUGAACAAGCUGCACUAUCUACGCUCGCUCACAAUAUCAACCUUUCCGGCCCUUCCCAAUUUUAACAUUCCCCGCAUACUGGAGAAUGCCAACAAUUUGCGCGACCUCUGGAUAGAGGCCCCCAAACCACCCUCGGCCACUAGCGCUAUGGGUGGCCCGGUCGGCUCCACGUCGAAAGCCUCAAAACCCAUCGCCGUGGCUGCAACAGAUUUACGCCGUGAGAUGGACGGUGUACUACCGCGCAAGCUGCAGAGCAUUACCUUUGGUGGCGUUGGCUUCAGCAGGCUCUCCGACACAGUGCUCAAGGGUGUCCGUUCUGCUACGUUACACUUCCGGCUGCACAAUACCUCCCUGGUAGCGCUGCCGGGCAAUCUGUUCCGCCACAUGGGCAAACCGGUGCGCAACAUAACGGUCACGAUCGAUGAGGACAACGAUCUGCUGCAGAGCGUGCCCAACCCGAACACGGCCCACUAUCUGGCCCUGCCGGAGCACGUCUUUCUGACCGAGCUGCAGAUCAGUGGCAGCGUGCUAAAUUGCGACUGCGAAAUAGGGUGGAUCGAGUUCUGGCAGCGAAAGCGACGUCAGUACCUAUGCCCCGCUAACCCGUGGACGGAAACGAGCCUAACGAACUACUUUAAGCACGCGACCCCGCUCGCCUACGCCAAGGGCUCCGACUGUGGUGAUUCGGCGAACGAGCUGAGGGAAGCUCGGUGCAGCAACAAGAACAACGAUCUGUUGCUGGAAGUGCUAAAGAAGGAUCUCGAGUGUGGCUGGGGCAGCACGGGCAACCGGCUCGGUAUCGUGCCCGCGAUCGCCUUCGUGCUGGUGUUCAUCGUCCUGCUCAUCUGACUCAUGCGCUACCUAUUCCGAAUGUACAGUGAAUUCUACGACUACCUCGAGCAGCUCUAUAGCGAGCAGACGAUCGGUGGCAAUGGAUCUACCGUAGUCGGCAGCUACCUGGACGAUGGCUGCGACUACAGCAGCGAACUAGACAUCGAGCUCGAGGAGCUGUGAAUGCUCUAUCCUUCUCAUCCUUUUUAUCCUUCCCCAGCUUGUCGUUUAUGGCGUUUGUUUUUUUUUUUUAAUAUAAGAAACACUCUACAACUAGCGCAAUGUUCAACCCCCAUUUUUUAUGUGCACGUGUUUGCCCGUUUGCUGACGUUAAGAAUAUUGCUAACGUUCACAAAUGUAACAAUACUGGGGACGAAAAAGACCGGCUGAUAUGCGGUUCAACAAAUGGCUCGUCCGGGAAUAAAUGCAACCUUCCACUACUCAGGAAUCUUUACCAACUGACUGCCGGGGACAUUUACCAGUAAGAAAGCAUCUCACUGUCAUCGUUCGCGUUAUCUCACCUCACAACUUAUUUAUUCGUCGUUCCAAAUCGGUAGAUGUGUCGUUUCUUGUUCAUUUCAUGCAUUUGCUGGGUUUUUAAAAAUUGUAGAACGCAUAUAGCACUUAAGACUAUUGUUGUUGAACAAACCAUUAAUAAAGCUUCGUCAAAUGAGUUGAAA